AUGUAGUAGUAAAAUAAUCAGAAUUACGAAGAUGAGAAUCAAUCACCCAUGAGAGAAGGAGAACAAUACGAUUCAUACAAUGACCAGUAAUAAAAUAAUGAUAGUCCAGGCCAAGACGAUGAACAAUAUGAGGGUUAAGGGUCACAAGAUGGAUAGGGAGGUGAUACCGCCACCAAGAAACUUGUGGGAUCUAGACAGGCAAGGAAGAAGGCAGAGGAAGAUGUAUAGUUACUGUAAAAUAGAAUUUAAUUACUCAAAAUGGAAGAGAAAAAGGCAUGGAAGAAAAUUGAAGAGACAAAAAAGAAAGCCAAGGAGAUCAUGCAUGUGAAGAAUCGUAAUCAAGAACAAACUAAGUUUAAAGAAUUAAGAGCUUAAGAGAAAGAACUAGAGGAGCGAUUGAUGGCUGAGAGAAACUAGAACAUGAAAAAUCAAAUAAAGGAAACAAUUCAAUUGACAAAGUAGCAACAGUAAAAAAAGGUACAAGAGGAUGCAGAAAGACUAAAAAUUGAGAAAAGAGAACAGCUAUAGCUUCUAGAGAUGUAAAAGUAAUAAGAGUAGCUUAAAAACGCAAAUAUGAAGCAAAUGAUUAAGAUUUAAGAACAGGAAGUAGAGGAGAAAAAGCGAAGAGAUUAUGCAGAAAAGAAAGCUAAAACAAGACAAGAACUAUAGCAAAAAAUUAUUGCUGAAAAUCAAAGAAGAUUGCAAAUUGAGAAAGCUGCUUAUGAGGAUCUAGAAGGAGCACUAAAUGGGCAGAUGUCCCCUGAUUAAUUUAUGCAAUCGAAUACUGGCAGAGAUUUUAGUCCUGUAAAGAAUUUCGGCAGCGAUCAAAAAGGCAUUAGACCACAGACAUCAGGAGGCUCAUCAGCUCAAUAGUAUUCAAUAAAAAUGAAUAAGAGUUAUGUUGAAAAUUAAUCUAUGAGUCAGCUUGAAAAAUAUAAAUCUGAAAGGCCUAAUCAAAGUGUUCUUACUCAUAGUCAUGGUCGUGAAAAUUCUCUGCCUACUCUUAAUAAAUAAGAUGUUCAUACUAAGCCAACAUAUGAUUCCCCUGGAAAAACUAUGCAGAAUAAUAUCAGAUCAAUGACUCAAAUUAAGUAAAGGCCUGGUAUUGGAGAUGAUAUGGAAAGAGCUUUAUCUGAAAAAUUAGUCAUGCUUAGUGGGAUUUCGAAGAUAGUUAAUGUGCAGCAAGAUGGAGGGUCAACAAUAAAUUCAACAGGAAAGAGAAGAGUUCAUUAGGAUGGAGUUUACAUGCUUGACAGCCACUUAGGCAUGAAAGAUUCUCAUAAUAAAGUAUACACUUUUGUAAUCGUUGAUAAUUUUCAGAUGACUAUAAUGGAGAACAGAAUAAAACGAUUAAUGUUUGAGGAGGAGAGAGCAAGGAAGUUAUAAAAUUUAGCAAAAUAGAAAGCUGACUAAAUGCUAGAAGCAAGAGAUAGGCAUCAAAAGGUAGUUAAAUAUUUUCUUAAAUAUUUCUAGGAACUAUUCGAUAAAUUCAAGUAUUACGAUGAUAGAAUGAUGACUAUUCAAUAACAAAGAGAAAAAAAUUUAUAAGAUAAAUACAUCAGAAAAGAUAAUAUAAAUAAAGUUAAGGAAGAUUUAUAUACUCGAAACCAUAGUAAUAAGAGGGAAAUACAUGAAAUAAAAUAAAUAAUAGUGGAACAAAGGUCUAAGUUUCAAGAAGAGGACAUGAGCAUAAAGAAGUAGAAGAAGUUUGACAUAUUAAAUCAUAAAAAUGUGCACUUAUCAAAAAAGAUUAAUAACCUUGAACAGCAUCACAACUAGCUCAAACAAAAAUAUAGUUCUAAGCUGAUGGAGAAAUAAAUCUCAGCGGAUGAGGCUAAUGAAAAAAUAAAAAGAUAUGAAUAGGUUGAAAUGGCUUUAAUAGAAAGAUUGAAAAACACUCAUUCAAAACAACAGCUAGCAUAUAAAGAUCUUGAGAAGAUUGUUCAUGACGGGUAUGGCUAUUAUCUAAAUAGUUUUAAAGAAAAGAGAGAGAAGCAUGCAAAAGUAUACUAAAACCAAUCUCUCAAUUCUCGGAAUGAAAAUACUGCUUCAACUUCUUAUUUAACUGCUCCUACUACAAAUAACUCCAGAUUAAAUACUGACUUAACUCCAAACAUAUCAAUAUCGUAAUAGUAAAUAUAAUUAUGA